AUGGCUCCUGAAAUCGUUCCCUAUGUGUGGAAGCGAUUUUCUUCAUUAAUCUUUGUUCAAGACACACACAGAAAGGUGUUGCGUGCAUCGGGUGUCAGCAGAGAAGUAGAAAAGAUUGCCAAAAACUUUAAAGAAAUUCUAGCUGUUCUGCCGGAUGCUCAGGCAAAAGAAAUGGAGAAACCGAAUGUGAGGGAUUGGUUAAAUAAGCUCAAAGACAUAUGCUAUGAUAUAAAUGACGACUUUGAUGAGUACAGCACUUCAUUUCUGAAACUGCAAAUUGUGGGGGCUGAAAAUCCUCUGUUUAAAAAGAAGAUUACCUCAUCUGAUCUGAGUAAGAUACAUGAUCGAGAUGAGGAAAAAAAUAUUUUAGUAAGCGAGUUAUUGGGUGAGGGUGAGGGUGCUAGUGUGAUCUUAAUUGUGGGUAUGGAAGAGAAAGGAAAAACACUUGUUCAAUUUGCUUACAAUAAUAAUGAGGUGAUUAACAAUUUCAGUAAAAGAAUAUGGGUAGACAUAUUGGGCUCUGAAGACAAGUGUAGCGUUAAGAAUGAAGUUUCAGAAGGCAAGCCUAUUUCAGUAGGAUAUGAUGUUUUUAAUGAAACAAUUAAAGACCAUAUAAAAAAUGAGAAAUGUCUUCUUGUCUUAAAUGAUAUGAGGAUAGAAGAUUACAAUAAAUUGGGAUCAUUGGGUACUCUAAAAUAUGGUGCUCCUGAUGGAAGUAAAAUUUUAAUUACCACAAGUCAUGAGAAGUUAGUUGCUUGGAGGAUGAUAGAGCAUAUUAUAAGGAGUAAUGAAUUAUCUGAGAAGGAAAAUUGGUCAUUGUUUGAAAAACUAGCCUUAUCUGAAAGAUCAACUGAGGAGCGUGGACGCUUGGAAAACAUUGGUAAACAAAUUGUAGGGAAGUGCCAAGGCUCGCCUUUGGCCAUACAGGUCAUGGGCAGUCUAUUACGCUUUAAAACUAGUCAGGAGUGGGACUUUAUGUUAGAUAAAGAAGUUUGGAAACGAGAAGAAUCAAAGGGUUAUAGGAUGAAUAAAGAUGAAUUGAUUAAAUUAUGGAUGGCUCAAGGUUAUCUUGGGUUAGAACCAAAUAUAGAGAUGGAAAUACUAGGUCAAAGGUAUUUUAACUACUUAGUAAGUCGAUCCUUCUUAGAUAUUGAAAAAGAUGAUAAUGAUAAUAUUAUAAGUUGUAAGAUUCAUGGUUUAAUGCAUGACUUUGCCAAAUUUCUGAAACGGAAAGAGUGUAUAACUAUAGAAAUUAAUGAUAGUGUCGAAGAGCCAUUCAAAAACUCUUCCCAUGACAAAGUUUAUCAUUCAAUGUUAAUGCUUAAGAAAAGAAGUUCAUUUUCGGUCUCUAUUUUGGAUGUCGAAAGGUUGCGCAGUCUCUUCAUUAGUUGUGAAGAUAAUGACUACCCUUUAGAGAAUGAUAUUCUACCACAGUUGUUUGGUAAAUUGGAUCGUAUAAGGGCAUUGAAGUUUGAUGCAUUUGGUGAUUUUAUUAAAGAGAUUCCAACAGAAAUAGGAAAACUCAUACAAUUAAGAUAUCUUGAUUUAUCUGGGCAAAAUAUAAAAAAACUACCGGAAACUUUGUGUGAGUUAUAUAACCUACAAAGUUUAGACAUUUCUUGGUGUGAAGAACUUAAAGAAUUACCUCAAGCAAUGGAAAGGUUAAUAAACUUGAGGCAUUUAACAAAUGAUAAUACUGAUUCAUUAAGUUACAUGCCAAUAGGGAUUGGGAGAUUAACACAUCUCCGAACAUUAAGUGAAUUCAUUGUAAGUGGUGCCGGUAACGGUACUCAUGGUAACAAAGCAUGUAAUCUUGAAAGUUUAAAAGAUUUGAACCGUCUUCGAGGGAAACUUGUCUUAAGAGUGUUAGGAAAUGUGAAAAAUGUGAGUGAGGCUGAGAAAAUGGAACUUAAAAAUAAGAAAAUCCUCUCUGGUUUGGGGAUAAUCUUCGAUGAGGAUGAAGAAGAGCAGAGGAUAAAUCAUGAUGAAUCACUUCUCAAGGCCUUACAACCACCUCCAAAUUUGGAAAAACUUGAUAUACAAUCAUAUAGAGGCAGCACUUUUCACUCCGAUUGGGUGAUGUCAUUAACCAGGUUGAGACAUUUAAGACUCAAAUUUUGCAUAAAUUGUAAGCAUUUGUCUCCUUUUGGAGAAUUACACUCUCUUGAAUCACUAAGGAUAAGUAAAAUUUCUAGUGUGAAAAGAGUGGACAAUAAAUUUUGGAGAACAGAAAGUGAUGACAGAUCUUCAUCAUCAUUAUCAGCUAUUCUCUUCCCCAAAUUGAAAUAUCUCCAGUUUUCGGAUAUGAAAGAAUGGGAAGAGUGGGAUUAUAAGAUUAUAAGGGAGGGAGAAGAAAAAGAAUAUACUACAAUCAUGCCAUGUCUUGCUUCAUUGGAAAUCAAUUUCUGUCGCAAAUUAGAAGCACUGCCAGACGGCCUUCUCCAGAGGACAACAUUGAAGAAAUUGCAGUUUUAUGAAUGUCCUGUUUUAAGACAAUAUUUCAAAAAAAGAAUGGAAGAGCAUUGGCCCCAGAUCACUCAAAUUUCUACCAUCAAAAUUGACGGUCAAUAUGUGCAAGGAGGCCCUGGUCAUUGA